CGUCUCUUUCCUCCUCCACUUCUCAGUUCCUCUGCUGUAGGAGCGUCUGUGCACAGCUGGUGAGGCAGCGCCUGCUCGCUUUGUCCAUCGUCCUCUCUCAUCCACCUGUGCUGCGGUCGGUGCCGGCGGGACAACACCGUGCGUUACAUGGAAUAAUUUGCACGCUUGUUAGAUUCGUGUCUCUCUCUUUCUGCUGCGGAUUUGCCCGUUUUCCCCCCCUCUUUCGGUUGCAUCGCCGGGCAUCUAAAGUUGUGAUGAUGCCUCCGCUCCACAUUUGGGAUUGGUAAUAUCGAGGGUGAUCUCAUCAUUCGCAACAACACUGUCUCCCGGAAGCGGACAAAACAUGGACUAAUUUUUCCUUUUUUUUUUUUACACAUUCAGCAUGGGAUUAUUACAGAUAUUUUUGGUGCUCAGCAUAUUUUGCGCCUCCUCAGUUGUAGGUUUCGGGGUUGACCCUGCCCUGCGCAUCAGCGUGUUUGAUGAACUAACACUUGGAGAAGGCUUUGAUGGAGUUACUCAGGUCCAGGGCUUCCACAGCGAGUCUAGAGCUUUCCACUUCCAAGGCUCCUCCAGGGAAGUAAAGGCUCCCGUUGAGGUCUCACAGCAAAUGGUGCAAAAACUGAGAGGCAAGAACGAGUUCACUGUUCUGGUGACCCUCAAACAAGAGCGCCUCAACUCCGGGGUCAUCCUCUCCAUCCAUCAUUCUGAACACAGGCUCCUGGAGCUGGAGAGCAGUGGUCAGCGCAGUGAGGUGCGUCUUCACUACCGAACCAAAGGCCAGCUGGCCCACACUGAGGUGUUCCCUUACAGCCUGGCUGAUGACCAGUGGCACAAGGUCUCUGUGGCCGUCAGUGCCUCUCAUGUCAUACUACAUGUCGACUGCAACAGGAUUUAUGAGAGGGUGGUGGAAGCCCCGUAUAUGGACAUACCUGAGGACGCUUCCUUCUGGCUUGGACAGAGAAAUGCUGCCCACGGCUUCUUUAAGGGAGUGAUGCAGGAUGUGGAGAUCGUGGUCAUGCCACAGGGUUACAUCUCACAGUGUCCAGACCUGAACAGAACUUGUCCCACCUGCAAUGAUUUCCAUGGACUCGUGCAGAAAAUCAUGGAGCUGCAGGACAUCCUGGCCAAAACAUCCAGCAAGCUGUCCAGGGCAGAGGAGAAGAUGAAUGGGCUGGAUGGCUGCUAUUGUGAGAGAACGUGCAGUAUCAAGGGGGUCGUCUACAGGGAGGACGAGGGCUGGACAGAUGGCUGCAGGAACUGCACAUGCACGAAUGGCACGGUGCAGUGCGAGGCCAUCUCCUGCCCUCCCCCUCAGUGUCCGGCUGCCACAGCGCCUGCCUACGUGAAGGGUGCCUGCUGCAUGGAGUGCCAGCCUGUCUGCCUGUUCGGUGGGAGAGAGCUGUUGGUAGAGGGUGAUCGGAAGGCUGUGCGCGACUCCGCUGGCAGGUGUUUGCUGUUUGAAUGCAGGGACAAGACGAUGCAUCGAGUGGUCCCCAGUGAACCGUGUCCAGAACCCGACUGUCCAGAGUCAGAGCAGAUCACCUUGAAUGACAGAUGCUGUAAAGUCUGCAGAGGUCAUGACUUCUGCUCAGAGGGCCACAGCUGUGUGGAGCACUCAGACUGCGUGAACCUGGAGGCAGGAGACUGCUGUGUGUGUAAGGACGGCUUCCGCCCACUCCGAGAAGAUAAUGCCUACUGCGAAGAUAUUGAUGAGUGUGCCGAAGGGAAGCAUUACUGCAGGGAGAACACCAUGUGUGUUAAUACCCCCGGCUCCUUCAUGUGCAUCUGCCACACGGGCUACAUCAGGAUCGAUGACUAUUCAUGCACAGAGCAUGAUGAGUGUCUCAGUGGACUCCACAACUGCGACGAAAAUGCCUUGUGCUUCAACAUGGUUGGAGGCCACAGCUGCUCCUGUAAGCCCGGCUACACUGGCAACGGGACGGUCUGCAAAGCUAUGUGUGACGGACUGUGCCAGAACGGAGGAACCUGCGUCUCACCUAACAACUGUGUUUGCCAGCAAGGAUUUACUGGGAAGAGAUGCGAGACGGAUAUUGAUGAGUGUGCCAAUGGCUUUGUCGAGUGUGAUAGUAAAUCCACUUGUGUUAACUUGCCCGGCUGGUACCACUGUGAGUGCCGUGAUGGCUACCAUGACAAUGGCUUGUUUUCCACCAAUGGGGAAUCCUGUGUAGACAUUAAUGAAUGCAAGACGGGGAGGAACACCUGUGCCAACGACACAGUGUGCUUCAACCUGGACGGAGGCUACGACUGCCGGUGUCCCCACGGGCACAACUGCACGGGCGACUGUAUCCAUGACAACAAGGUCAAACACAGCGGGCAGAUCUGGGUGCUGGACAGUGAUCGGUGCUCGGUGUGCUCCUGUCAGGCCGGCCAAGUCAUGUGCCGCAGGAUGGUUUGCGACUGCGACAACCCCAACGCCGACCUGUUCUGCUGCCCCGAGUGUGACCCUCGACUGAGCAGCCAGUGUCUGCACCAGAACGGCCUGCUCACCUACGGCAGUGGAGACACAUGGGUGGAGAACUGUCAGCAGUGUCAGUGUCUGCAGGGGCAGGUGGAUUGCUGGCCUCUGCCAUGCCCGCCCGUGGACUGCGAGUUCACCGUGGUGCCCGAGGGCGAGUGCUGUCCCCGCUGCGUCACCGACCCCUGCCUGGCCGACACCAUCCGCAACGACAUCACCAAGACGUGCACAGACGAGCACAACAUCUCACGCUUCAGCGGCUCCUCCUGGAUUAAACAUGGCACUGAGUGCACUCUGUGCCAGUGCAAGAACGGACACAUCUGUUGCUCAGUGGAUCCCAUGUGCCUUUAGUCGUGGAAGAUCUGAAGGUACCUGUACAGUGUUCUCCAUGUAAGAAAUAGUGACACCACCCCUAUGUCUCUUCACUGUCCUUUCUACAGGUGUGGGUCAAAUUGUGUUCGCGUAUUAGGAUUUGAUUUAGCCUGCGAAACCAGAUGGAUGGAGUCACCAAUCAGGACAAUUCCUGUAAUGUCAUAUUGUCAGAUACAGACAAUUGUACAAAAUGAACCUUCAUGUACUUUACACUGGUUUCUUCUUUAUUCUCCGUGGUGAACUCCACUCAUCUGGUACAUCAUUAAAAGCAAAGUGUCUUGCAAAUA